UCAUGUUAUCUAAAACAGUGAUAUUUCUUUUUGUGUGUUUAAGUGUUAUUCAUGGCUUUCGCUCAAAAAACUUUGGUUCAAAACCAGAAACUUCGGCAAAUGAAGAAGAAAAUGUCUAUCCGUGUUACCGAGAUGUUAAUUGUGCAUUAGGCAAGGAAGCGAAGGAUAAGGCAAAUGAAUGUUACGAUUAUCUUAGUAAAGAGAACUUGAAACUGGGGAUAGAUUGGCUCGAAGAAAGCUCAAAGAUGAUAAUCAGUAAAAAAGACAGAGAAGGAGCAAUGGAACAAUUCUGUGAAAUGGAAGAAGCACCACGCAGUGGCAGAAAAGAAAAAGGUCCAGAGUGGGAUUUGAUCGUGCUAUCGCUGGAGCACAAAAUCGCGCCUUAA